UCUUCAAAAUCCAAAAAUGAAGUUCUCACUUACACGCCGGUGCUUGGUACUGUUCAUCUUCCUAAACCACCCAACCCCGAUUCUUCCUGCCACUUCAAACGACACCUAUCCUCCAACAAUAGAGUCCGAGCCAUUUCUGUACGUUCUAGGACGAAAGAGAAUGAUGGAUGCACAGUACAAAUGCUAUGACCGAAUGAAACAGUUACCCCCAUACCAAGGAGAAGGUCCAUACUGCAACCGCACCUGGGAUGGAUGGCUGUGCUGGGACGACACACCAGCCGGAGUCCUGUCCCAUCAGUACUGCCCAGAUUAUUUCCCAGACUUUGAUCCAGCAGAAAAGGUAACAAAAUACUGUGAUGAAAAAGGAGUUUGGUUUAAACAUCCUGAGAACAAUCGAACCUGGUCCAACUAUACUAUGUGCAAUGCUUUCACUCCUGAGAAACUGAAGAAUGCAUAUGUUCUGUACUACUUGGCUAUUGUGGGCCAUUCUUUGUCGAUUUUCACCUUAGUGAUUUCCCUGGGGAUUUUCGUGUUUUUCAAGAGCCUUGGCUGCCAAAGGGUGACUCUGCACAAGAACAUGUUUCUGACUUACAUUCUGAAUUCUAUGAUUAUCAUCAUCCACCUGGUUGAAGUCGUACCCAACGGAGAGCUCGUGCGAAGGGAUCCGGUGAGCUGCAAGAUUCUGCAUUUUUUUCACCAGUACAUGAUGGCCUGCAAUUAUUUCUGGAUGCUCUGCGAAGGGAUCUAUCUUCACACCCUCAUCGUGGUGGCCGUGUUUACUGAGGAACAACGCUUGCGGUGGUAUUAUCUCUUGGGCUGGGGAUUCCCAUUGGUGCCGACCACUAUCCAUGCUAUUACUAGGGCGCUGUACUUCAACGACAACUGCUGGCUGAGUGUGGAAACUCAUUUGCUUUACAUCAUCCACGGCCCUGUCAUGGCAGCAUUAGUGGUCAACUUCUUCUUUCUGCUCAACAUCGUCCGGGUGCUUGUGAGCAAAAUGAGGGAAACCCAGGAGGCAGAAUCACACAUGUACCUGAAGGCUGUGAGGGCCACUCUGAUCCUGGUGCCCCUGCUGGGAAUCCAGUUUGUCGUCUUUCCCUGGAGACCUUCCAACAAGAUGCUUGGGAAAAUCUAUGAUUACCUGAUGCACUCUCUGAUUCAUUUCCAGGGAUUCUUCGUUGCGAUGAUUUACUGCUUCUGCAACAAUGAGGUCCAAACCACCCUGAAGCGUCACUGGGCCCAAUUUAAGACCCAAUGGAACCAGCGCUGGGGACGCCGCAGCAACAACCGCUCCAUUUCCAACGCCGCGGCCGCAGCUGGGGCCCGUGACAUCCCCGUUUACAUCUGCCAUCAGGAGCCGAGGAAUGAACCCGCCAACAACCUAGGCGGCGAGGGUGCUGAGGUCAUCGCUUUGGAAAUCAUUGAGCAAGAGUCAUCCGCUUGAAUGUGAAGCAAAUACAGCAUCGUGAUCACUGAGCCUUCAUCUCCUGGGAGAAAAACAGACCAUGCAUUUACAGUGAUUCCCAUCCUCCCAGGAGUCGAACAUAUCAUUUGUGAAGAAUUAUUAAGUGAAUUUGUCCAUAGUGAAGAAAGUUAUAUUUGGUACUAUUGCUGUGGGAGACAGUCUAGGAAUGGAGUCUCCCAUUGCAACACUUGUGAACUCCAUCUUUCAUCCAGGACAGAGACGCAGAUGUCAUAGUAAUGCAAGCAAAGUAUCCAAGAAAAACGCGAUUAAAUUAACCUAGUUCAGAAACAGGGUGCUCCUGGUUAAUCUUGAGCCAUUUUUACCUUUGAAAAAUUAAAAUCACUGUCAAUAUUUUUCUUUUUAACUCUAGACUUUGAAUUAGAAUAUUUCUGUAU